GCUCGGUCAAAUCCGCUGCAGUGUUCGAGUGCGACGGUCACACGCGCCAGUUCUUGCUACAGAGCAUUUUUUUGUUUGUGCUCAAGAGAGACAACUGAAAGGAAAAUUUUCUGCUGAGCUGACGCCAUAUUGAAAGUGUACUGUGUAGAGCAAAUUUUGGCACACGGCUGGUUUUACUGCUGGUGCUUGUGACAAUCGCGUUGUGGUAUCUUAUUAGCGGCAGAAGCUAUUUGAGGAAAUUGUUUUGAGUGACAGUGAACUUGAAAAGUGCCAAGUGAAGUGAAUUUUCGUUGGUUUACUGUUGCUUUUGAAAGUGCGGAACAAUGUCUGAUGAAUACUACGAUGAAGACGGUUUCCGUCUUACCUUCGAGGACGAUACGUCCGAACAAGAGAAGCAGUUUUUCAUGCGGGCAUUUCCCAAUGUGAACAAAAUAUCGGAACGCAAAGUACAUUGCACUUCCUGUUACAUGCAUAUCGGAACUGCUCCCAUUUCGGAGGCGGUCAUUCGAAUGCAUCCUAUACUACGGGUAACGCACUGCCGUAAUUGCCAUACAUUCUACAAUAGCGGAGAAUUUGACAAAGGUGAGGAUGGCAGUGAGCUGUACUGUCGUUGGUGUGGCCAGGGCGGUGAGGUGUACUGUUGCUCAAAAUGUCCGUAUGUGUUCUGCAAGAAAUGCAUAGUGCAGAAUUUAUCACGUGCUUGCGUUCAAGACAUCUCCAGGAAUGACAACUGGCAGUGUUUCAGCUGUGCACCGAAGAUCAUGUGGCACCUGCGUGCUCAGCACUGGGCAUUGGCCAACUACAUCGAAAAACAAAAAAAAGAUAUGAAAGACAAGAACCACACGGUUCAGGCUAUCAACAGUCUGAUGAAACAGGAUAACACCACCUGUUGCAACAAUAAAGGGUUGAACAAGAAACCGACAACGCCAGCUUCAGCUAAGAAGACGUUGAAACGAGCCUCUGAUGCUCACGAAGCCGGAGCCGCCAAAAUACCGGAGAAGCGAGCGCUGGUUCAACCACAGCAGCCGAUCAGCACACCACCGGCAAUCAAGAAGCAGAAAACCGACAACAACGAGGUCGUCUGCACACCGGAUAUCAUGAGCAUGUUCAUGAAUCCAGAGGAACCUCCGCCCUUGGUAACAGCACGGACGGCAGCUGCUUCGAAAGCAGCUCCGCCGCCAGCAGCUGCAUCAACUCCAGCGCAACCACCAGUUACUGCACCACCAUCCCGCCAGGUUGUAGUUCGGCCUGCUUUCCAGAAUGCUACGAACCCUGUUCCAAUGCGAUUACCAAUGAAUAACGCACCGAAUGCCGCACCUCCACCUGUGUAUCAUACAAUCAAUGGAUAUAAAAUUGACUUGCAUACCGCUGCACAACAGGGAACCUACCGAUUACCGAAUGGUAAACUUAUUCAGGUACGCAAACAGGCUCCCAGCGCACCGCCCCCUGCAAUGCAAACUCGAAAUGUGACCAUAGCUCCGAAACCGCCAAAUCCCUACUUUAAUCCUGCAGUGAUGCAAAACCCUGGGGGCCGAGUGGUCAAUGGAAACCCAAGCUCCCAUAUCAAUAUUGCCCUUCAGCAACAACAGCAACUACAAGAACAACGGCUUCAGCAACAGCGUUUACACCAACAACAGCAGCAACAUCAGCAACAAAUGAUGCAACAGCAACGGCCUCCAGUUAUGGUUCAGGUAGGACAACCACAACCGACUAUCGUUGCUGGUCAACCGAAUCCUGCUCUUCAGUUACCCACUUUGGUGAUGCUACAAAACAUGGUUAAUGGACCUCACGAAGACUCUCCUCUUGGCCGCUCGAGGAAGAAUUUUGAGGGCAAGUUACUGUCCGGUGUUGAAAUAUGUCAGCAUAUUGUAAGUAAAAUCAACACCUUAACGAACUCGAACACGUUCAAGAACAUUCGGAAUGUGCGGGAUGUGAAGGAAUUGUACAUCCAUGUUUCGUACUUGCUGACCUAUGCGAUCGGUCGUUUCAAGACGCUACACGAAAAGUGCGUUGACGAUGUGAAAAGCAUGGGUUUUACCAAAGAAUCAGAUUUCGUCAUGAUGGGAGAGCAAAUUAGCAAUCGAAAUCCGGAGGAAGAUAAAAGCGACGAUGAGGAUGAUUGUGAGAUUGUCGAGGAGAACACCACUCUCAUUACGAUUGAUUCCGAAGAUGAGGACGACAGCGGUGGCAAAAAGAAGAAUGAUCCACAGGGAGACACGUCACAGAAUACGUCCGAAACGGAAGCGGCCGUUGCGGCUAUUUUGAACGAAAAGGAUGAUAAUAUCAAUUCUGGUGGAGCCAUUUCGAUGGCAGACUUCCUUCAAGUUAACCUCAACGAAAGUGAAAAAUCGAACCAACAGAAAGACGAAACUGAACGCACUGUCGAAAAUAAUACUAGCACCGUCGUCAUUAGCGAUAGUGCAGAAAGCAUUUCGAAGGAAGCAACUGUACCAGAAUCCGGGAAGGACGAAACUGAUGGGAAGAGCAAAGACGAUGACGACAUGGUGGAAAUCAUCGAAACAUCUGUAGAAGAUAAGUUAGAUGAUGAAUCAACGGCACAGUCCAAGGAUAAGCCAGAACAAGAGGUUGCAGUUGCAGUUAAUGAUAAGGCCGAGGAAGUCAAUUCCGUUGCUGUGGUUGAGAUAAAGGAAACAGACGAGAAGAAGUUAGUAGAUGAUAAAUCAGCGAGUUCCGACAAACUUGAGGAGGUAGAAGAUGCUGAGUCUACCGAGGUAAAAGACACGAAUGAAGAAACUGAGCAAGAAAAAUUAACUUCAGAAGCAAGCAGUGAAAUUGUAGCUAUGGAAACAGAAUCUAAUCAAGCGGUUAAAAAUGAUGAUGGUACAGAAAAAUCCAACUCCGAGAAAGAAGAAGUUGAUGGAGUCCAAGAGAAUAUUGCAGGAAAAGAUUGUGAGCAGGAGAAAGAAGCAGAAAUAGAAAAGAUAGUUUCGUCGGAUGAUGUAGAAAUGAACCGUAUCGAGCCGUCAGUAGACAAUUCUGAAAAUCAGCAAGGAGAGUCAAACGCUACUGAAAAUGAGGAAAUAGCCGAAGUCGAGAAUGUAACCAUAGAAAAAACAAAAAACAGUGACCUUAAAGAUCCAUUAGCUCCGAUAGAACUCACUGACGAUGAAGAUGAUAAUGAGUGUACCUUUGUCGAACCAGAUCAAAAUACCAAUGAGAAAAAUCCCCUUGAAGACAAACCGCAGGAACCGUUGGAUGAUAACCAAUUUAUUCCGGUUACAGAAACUCCAAUCGUAACCACUGGAGAUGAAAUUUCGAAAAUUACUGCAUCAAAAGUACACGUUGACGAAUCAAUCAGCAAUAGUUCCCCGGUUGUCGAACAGACUACCGAAAUUAACAGUCCCGCAUCACUGGAUCCACUGGAUGAGCAACCGGUAGAAGAUAGUUCUUCAGAGAACCAACCUAUAAAAGCAGACGACAGCGGUGAUGAUGUUGCUGCUGUUGCGGAAACCGUGCUCGAAGACGGGACGGGUGCAGAAUCGAUUGAUUCGAUUAAAUCAAAUGAAUCCGUAUGUGAGAAAUUGUCCCAUCAGGAAACUGCUGAUAAUAUUAUUGUUGAUUCCGAAGAGCAGGCUGCAGAGACGGUAGUUGGUGAAACUGGCACUACUAAAAUAACUGAAGACCUAGAGGCUCCAACUGGCAACGAUCUUUUAGCUAGUAUAGAGGAUUCAUUCCAAAAACUUCAACAGUUAUUCGAUUCGACUGAAAACACAAUCGAAGAAUCGGAUGAUAAGCAGUUACCUACUGAAGUUGACCAUGAGAUGUCUGAGCCGCAACAGGAUCUCAGUGAGGAUACACCGGUCGAGCUAAUGGAAGUAGAUGGUUCGUUGGGAAUCACUAUGGAUAAAAUAUUGUCCGAGAAUAUAGAAGAUCUUCCGUUAGAAAAUGUAUUAGCAGCUACUGAUGUGGCAACAUUUGAGUCACUACAAAGCACCGAUAAAACUUCUCUCCAGUUGAAUGAUGGUCUAAAGACUAUUAAUUGUCCAGAAAAUAUGAAUGGUCAACUAGACAUGUUGGAUGGUGCCGAUGAUAGUGAGAGUAUUAAGUCACCAGAGGAACUGACCGUUAACGGUGAUUGUUAGAUAAGCUGUAUGUACAAAAUAGUUACUAGUAUACCGGUAAGCAUAGCACUUACUUAUCCUUUCUAAUUAUAUGUGGAUUCUCGCUCCUUUGAGGUGCCCGGAGAAGUAGUGUAACACUACUGAAAAAAGCAUAGCAUUAUAUAAUUCUUUAGGCUUAAUAAUACUGCAUAGAGGACAAGCGUUACAAAACCCUUUUGAAUUAAUUAUUGUUUAGAGGGUAAGAAUGGAGACACACAAACUCAAUGAUUUAUACUAUUAACGAUUUUCAAUAUGCUGAAUUACACGAAAAUAGGUAAAGUUCUAUUGAUCAAAUACUGUAAGUUUAGAAUACUGAAAAUGAUCUAUCUUAAACAGAACUAGCAAACAUUCGAUCGCAUAAAUUAUAAAAAUGCUAGUACAUAGAGCGAAGCGUAACUAUAAGUAAAACUACACUGAAUAAAGUGAUUUGAUCGUCUGGGUGUAAACAAAA